UUUCAAAAAAGGGGGAUUUUGUGAAGGCAGAAAACACACUUGCCAGUCCUCUUGGGAUGUACAGUGGGCUGGUUGAGUCUGCACGGUUCUCAUCAUUCUAAUAUGAGCGGCUGAGUCGUUGCGUGCGACUGAAACCUACAGAGAAAUCGAGGUGUGUGUAACUGAUCAAUAUGGCAGAAACCGCUCCAGCAGCCACUCCGGCUAAGUCGCCUAAGAAGAAAACGAGCUCAAAGCCUAAGAAGACCGGCCCUAGCGUUUCAGAUUUGAUCGUGAAGGCUGUGUCGGCUUCCAAAGAGCGUCACGGGCUCUCUUUAGCCGCGCUCAAGAAAGCUCUUGCUGCUGGUGGCUACGAUGUGGAGAAGAACAACGCUCGUGUGAAACUGGCUGUGAAAAGCCUUGUGAGCAAAGGCUCCCUCGUACAGACAAAAGGCACCGGUGCCUCCGGAUCCUUUAAAAUUAACAAAAAGCAGGCAGAGGCCAAGGAAAAAACCCCGAAGAAAAAGGCGGUUCCGAAAAAGAAGCCAGCAGCAAAAAAACCCGCUGCCGCCAAGAAAGUGAAGAAGCCGGCGGCAAAGAAGCCCGCAGCGGCUAAGAAGCCUGCUGCAGCCAAGAAAGCCACGAAGAGUCCCAAGAAAGCGAAGCCAGCUGCAAAGCCCAAAAAGGCAACAAAGAGUCCAAAGAAGGCUAAGGUAUCUAAACCCAAAUCAGCCAAGCCCAAGACCGUGAAGAAGGCUGCACCCAAGAAGAAGUGAUCCGUUUACAUGGAUUGAUAAAUGUACACACGAACGGCUCUUUUCAGAGCCCC